GGAGGGGAGCGGCGGCCGCGGGGGAUGGAGCCCUUCCUGGGCUGCACCGGCGCCGCGCUCCUGCUCUGCUUCAGCUACGCCGGUCUGAGCCCGGUGGAGGCAGACAGCCCAUCAGCUCCAGUAAAUGUCACAGUCAAACACCUGAAAGCCAACUCAGCCGUUGUGACUUGGGAUGUUCUGGAAGAUGAAGUUGUCAUUGGAUUUGCAAUUUCCCAGCAGAAGAAGGACGUGCGGAUGCUGCGCUUCAUCCAGGAGGUGAACACCACCACCCGCUCCUGUGCCCUCUGGGACCUAGAGGAGGACACCGAGUACAUUGUGCAUGUCCAGGCCAUCAGCAUCCAAGGCCAGAGCCCUGCCAGUGAGCCAGUCCUCUUCAAGACCCCCAGGGAAGCUGAGAAACUAGCCUCUAAAAAUAAAGAUGAGGUGACAAUGAAGGAGAUGGCAAAGAAAAACCAGCAGCUGCGAGCAGGGGAAGUUCUCAUCAUUGUUGUGGUGUUGUUUAUGUGGGCAGGGGUGAUCGCCCUGUUUUGCAGACAGUACGAUAUCAUCAAAGACAAUGAGCCAAAUAACAGCAAGGAGAAGGUGAAGAACGCCUCAGAGAACAGCACCCCCGAGCACCAGAGCGGAGGGCUCCUGCGCAGCAAGUUUCCAAAAAACAAGCCCUCAGUGAAUAUCAUUGAAGCAUGACAGCCUGCCAUCUGAUAGAUGGACUCCAUUCCUCACUCUCACUUCCUGCCUCUGAGCCUUGAUGACUAGGGAGGUGAAACAUCAUUGGAGCAACAUGGAAAGAGACCUUAGUGAUUGUCACUUGCUGGCAUACACCUCCUUGUCUCUGUUCUGCAAAACAUCUGGCCAGAAAGAAAAAACACAACCAAAAACCUGAAACCCCCAAAUUAAGAUGGAAAAGCAUCAGUGAGACAACUGCUGCCAGCAAUCCCACCCGGAGUCAUGAAUCACCUGGGCUGGACAACUCACGCACAUCUCUCCACCCUCACACUCCGUCUUCUGGAAGAGGUUUCCUGUCUUUGGAAGUACAAGGGUUUGUUGUAUCUUCAUUUUGUCUCACUGUCACUACAUCUUGACAGCAUGGAGGGGAGCUCAGGCAUCAGUCACUGUCACAACAAGCGAGAAAGAAGAAAAGCUCAUCACAGACACAAUGAGCAACCAGACUGCGGCUGCUGUGUGCUCUCGGCUUGCUUUGUUCCGUGGAUGUGUGUUGUGUAGCACGUCUUGCAGGUGGGUUUUUAAACCAAACCCAGAAAAAAAGGCUGAUCCCAGUUUUCAUUCCCACUGCAGAGGCUUCCCUGGUGUUCUUCAGUUAAGCUGCAGCACGUCUCCACUGUUGCUGUCCUUCCUAUCUAGCACUGGUGCUCUUCAUCUCAGACCAUCAGGACGCACCGAGCACUGGGGCACAGACCAACACGAGGGGACUCCACCAGACACCAGAAGGAUAAUGUCAACCAUUUUCUUCAUGGUAUUUUCAGCUGGGCCCAAGUCCACCCCCAGUGUGAGAGAAGGUCCACAAAAAUGUAGCCAGUCAGCAAAAAACAAAAGACAAACCUCCUGAUACCGGUUGCUAUGCAAAGGUCUCCAAUGGCAACAGCCAUUUACUGCUAAAGGCUCUUGCCCAAGGGACCUUUUUCUGAGGGCUUAAGUACUUAAAUUGCUUCUUUUAGUAGGGUUCCUGUGGGAAGGUCUGGUUCUCCUCACACGGCCUGUCUGCCCUGUUCCUGUGACACUGCAAUGCAGGGACCUGCUGGAGGCAGCCCUCCAGCAAAAGGUGGACAAGGAACGGGAAAGGGGCUGGAGUUCUCUCCUCUCUUAUGAAGUGCUUGAUGUUUGUAAGCUGACAGGAUCCCCAGGACUGCUGGUGCUCCGGAUGCUGGUAGAGGCAAGUCCAUCACAUGGAAAAGAUUUAUUCUUUGUAGUGUGCCAUGGGGUAUCAGUAUUUAAUUACUCCACAAGACCACUCCAUAUGCACUAGGGGAUGAGGCAAGAAUCUACGUGUUCCAUGAGAUACCAGGUUGGCCUGAGUAGGGAUGGAACCUCUUACAAACCUGCACUCAGAUGAGCCUGGCUUCAAAGGCCCUGCAAAGAAACAGGCUGGCAGGAAGAGUUCAGCCAUCUCUCCUCUUCCAUUGCCACCAGCCUUUCCAAAAUGAGCCAGUUUGAGAGAAAGGCACCGGGAAGUCCGCAUGCAGAUGUGGUGGUGAAGAAGUGAGGGCUUCCCUGAUGCCAGUUACCAAAGGCAGGCCAACCCCAAAGGUCUCUUCAGUGGAUCCUUUGCCAGAACAUACUCGUCCAUCACCAAGAGGGAGAGGUCACCACCUCCGAUACAGACAGAGCAAUAAACAUUUUAUAAUGUACAAUAAAAGAUUAAAGGCAUCUCUUGUGUCCUUGUAAC